AACUUCAUACGAAACGGCACGGCCCGACCACAAACGACCGCAACUGCACUGCACCCUCUUUCUAAAUCGAAGGCGAGCAGAGCAGCUUCCACUUCUACUUCACUGGCUCACUUCUUCUUCAUCUUCCCCAGAAGUCAAUAUGGUGCUGGCGAGCGUGCAAGGCUUGCUUCAAUGGUGUCCUCUUCUCUCUCCUCUCAAAUGCGCCGGUAACCCCAAGAGGGAGCGAGCUGUCUUGGCGCGAAUCUCCACCGACGAUUCCCCUCCUUCCACGCAGGAGAAGAAGUCUCUCCCAGGGAAGCCUGAGGCCGAUGUUGUCGUCAUCGGAAGUGGUAUCGCUGGUCUCUGUUGCGCUGGGCUUCUUGCCAGAUAUAACCAAGACGUGCUCGUUCUAGAGAGCCAUGACCAACCGGGAGGUGCUGCCCACGCGUUUGACAUUAAGGGUUACAGAUUCGACUCCGGUCCUUCUCUGUUCUCUGGCUUCCAAGCUAGAGGUCCUCAGGCGAAUCCCCUUGCACAGGUGUUAGAUGCAUUAGGAGAGUACGUUCCGUGUGCUAACUAUGACUCCUGGAUGGUGUAUAUACCAGAAGGUGAUUUUUUGUCACGUAUUGGUCCAACGGAGUUUUUCAAGGACCUCGAGAAGUAUGCUAGUCCGAAUGCUGUGCAAGAAUGGCAAAAGCUCCUGGAUGCAGUGCUUCCAAUGUCUGCUACUGCAAUGGCUCUGCCUCCUCUAUCUAUUCGUGGUGAUUUGGGUGUCCUUUCCACCGCUGCCGCUAGAUAUGCUCCAUCUUUGUUGAAAUCUUUCAUCCAAAUGGGACCUCAGGGUGCUAUUGGUGCGACAAAGCUUCUUAGACCAUUCUCAGAAAUCAUCGACUCGUUGGAACUGAAAGAUCCUUUUAUAAGGAAUUGGGUGGACCUUCUUGCCUUUCUUCUUGCGGGGGUGAAAUCUAAUGGUAUACUCUCAGCAGAGAUGGUGUACAUGUUUGCUGAGUGGUACAAACCUGGUUGCAGUCUUGAGUACCCUCUUCAUGGAAGUGGAGCUAUUGUUGAUGCCCUCAUCAGGGGAAUGCAAAAAUUUGGUGGACGAAUUUCUCUCAGGAGUCACGUGGAAAAGAUUGUUGUUGAAAAUGGCCAAGCCAUUGGAGUCCAAUUAAGAAGUGGUCAAUUCGUGCGUGCUAAGAAAGCUGUUGUCAGCAAUGCAUCUAUGUGGGACACUUUAGGUUUAUUACCUGAGGACGUUAUCCCGAAGUCAUAUUCAGACAGGGUUAAGAGGACUCCACAGUGUGAAUCUUUCAUGCAUCUUCAUCUCGGUUUUGAUGCUGAGGGUGUAUGUGAGGAUUUGGGAAUUCAUCAUAUAGUUGUGAAUAACUGGGAAAGAGGAGUCGACGCUGAUCAGAAUGUCGUUCUGUUAUCUGUACCAAGCGUACUAAGUCCGGAUCUGGCACCGCCGGGGAAACAUGUGCUACAUGCUUAUACUCCUGGUACGGAACCAUAUGAGCUCUGGGAAGGACUUGACCGCCGCAGCGCUGAGUACAAGAAGAUGAAAGUUGAAAGAUCAGAGGUUAUGUGGAGAGCUGUUGAGCGUGUACUCGGACCAGGAUUCAGCAGGGACAAAUGCGAGGUGAAGUUGAUUGGAACUCCAUUGACGCAUCAAAGAUUUCUUCGAAGAAACCGAGGAACCUACGGCCCAGCCAUUCAAGCAGGUAAGGGCUCUUUCCCCGGGCAUUCAACUCCUAUCCCUCAUCUUUUCUGUUGUGGAGAUUCUACUUUUCCGGGCAUCGGGGUCCCUGCGGUUGCUGCAAGUGGUGCUAUUGUGGCCAAUACAUUAGUUUCCGUGAGUCAACACUCGGAGCUUCUUGACGCUAUUGGGAUCUAAUUGCUCCUGUAAAUUUCCUUCAAUUUUCCUCAUAAUUCCCGGUAGAUGUCGGGUUUAGAUCAUAACUAGUCUUUCGUCGAGGUCUCUUAAUACGCUCUGUAAAUUCUUUUGAUUGAACUUGUAUUUACAGAGAGAGAGAGAAGGAAGGGAAUGUGUAUUGUGAACUGCAACUACCAAGACACAGCUUGUGGACUUUGUAAUUCUAUAACAUGACUAUUAGAU